AUGACAAAGGAAGCAACUUCUGGUUCUUGGUUGGCUGCCUCCGUAGCUGGUGUUCCAGGCUCCAAGAAGCCAUUGCAUCAGCUAAGGAUGGGCGACUCCCCACAAGCGGCAUGCACAUCAGCAAGGACAGACGUAAAUUCCAAAUUACUCACACCAGUCAAAACUGAUGCUGCUUCUAAAGAAAUUGAUGCACCAGCCAAAGCUGAUGCUGCCUCCAAAGAGGCUGAUGCAUCAGCCAAGGCUGAAGCUGCCUCCAAAGAGGCUGAUGCCCCAGCCAAAACUGAUGCUGCCUCCAAAGAGGCCGGUGCACCAGACAAAGCUGAUGCUGCCUCCGAAAAGGUACAACCUAAGAUAUACACCCCACAUCCAGUAACCUUGAGGGUCAUCAGUCCAUCGAGAUCAGACCCAGCACUGAAUGCAGGGUUUGACAUAAAAGUUUCCCUCGCUCGAACACGUUGGGUACUCAGUUCUACGGGUGGAGAGCAUGCCGUCUCCACCCUCCUUCAACUCCAGAGAACACCUUACGGAUGGUCCAAGGCGUCUUGCAUCGAGAAUGGCGGGAUGGAAUGGGAAUCGUUAUUGAACACAGCAGCAAUUCUUGGACAUGCAACCUGUGUCAGGAUCCUCGUCGAUUACCACAACGCAAAUAUUGAAGGAUUGGGGUCAGGCCACCUGGAGAUCGUGGACUUUCUCCUUUCCAAAGGAGCCAAUGCAAAUGGCGUCACGACCUUCAACAGCACGCCCUUGGCAGCAGCGUGUUCCCAAGGACACUUCGAAGUUGCCAGACUUCUCCUGGAACACGGAGCUUGCACAACACCUUUAAUGGCAGCGAGCUCUCGUGGUCAUGCAAAUAUCGUUGAAUAUCUCGUUUCCAGAACAGAUGUUUCUAGGAUGGAGAAGAUCGAAGCACUGGAGCUUCUUGGAGCCUCAGUUUUAGACAAAAGGAGAGAUGCAGUCGGUGCUGUCGAGUACUGGAAGUCAGCGCUGAGUCUGAGGUACGUCGAUGGAGCGCUGAUGUACCCAAAACCUGACCACCACCUGUCAUGUCCUUUAUGUGACGAAUUCGGCGAAUUCACGACCGUCCAACAACUGGAGGCCAUAGAAAACAACAACAAUGCAGUGUACCUACAGUCUCUGCUUGUGAGGGAAAGGAUCCUGGGUACUGAUGAUGCUGGAACAAUGAGAAGUUUCCGGUCGACCGGACUUGAUUAUGCAAGAUGUGGUGAUUUGAAAUGGUGCAUCAACUUAUGGCUUCACGCCAUCAGUAUGCAACAGCUUCAACUCAAGCCACUAGACCCAAGCAGACUGUUUCACCUGCAGUCGUUUGCAGAUUUCUGGGCCAGUCAGUGGUGCGAGGUGAAAAUGACAGUGAGUAGGUUGGUGAAUAUGGAUCCAAGGGACUCCACAGGUUCGACUCUCCUCCACCUGGCAUGUUCCCUGGGUGUCAGGGACAUUGGUAACUUGCUGCUGCCAAUCUCUGCUUCUCUCAGGACAGAGAUCGUAGACCUUCUCCUGGAAACUGGUUCAGAUCCUUGUGCCAGAGACCAUGCGGGUAACACACCCUUGCAUACACUUGCCUGGAAUGAAGACGUUUCAGAAAACACAGUAGGCGCUCUUCUGUCUGCUGGAGCUAACUUGGACGAUGUAAAUAGCAGAGGUGAAACUUUUGGAUCGUUGAUGGCUUCCCGGGAACAGCCACUUGGUCAAUUUGAAGAUUCUGUGAGUCAUAGUUCUGUGCAGUGCCUGGCUGCUGAAUGA